AUGGCAUCCAAGUUGAAGAGAAUGCUGAGCGUCAAGGAACGUAGGGUCUGCCGCAAAUCAAGUGCCCCUAGCUUUGCUCGGCCGGGCUCGCCCAAGCUCCGCUCCGUUGCCGAUCCCGACUACAAGCUCAGCUCCGCCCGCCGUACCAUGUCACAGCCCCUCGCCAUGCAGGCCAACCUGGCCGGCCCUGCAAAACUUGAGGCUGUCACUGCUCUUAUGAAGAAGUUGGAAGACGACCUGAAAAAACCCACUCUGCUCCCUCAUCAGCGUGAUGCUGCUCUUGAAGAGCUAAAGAUCUAUGGGCGGGACCCUACCAACGCUGAUCCUAUCUUUACACCAGAGGGUAUCGAGAUGCUCACAAGACAUGCCUUCGUAAGCCCGUCAAACUCUACGGCAAGGGCAGCUUUGAGAGUUUUGGCCAACACGAUGCUAUUGAAUCCUCAGGCUCGCCAAACAUUUGUUGACCUUGGCUACGAGGACCAAGCUUGCAGGAGAUUGAAGAAUGACAGCUUCGACCAUGAAUUCCUUGUCUCCAGGGUCUUGUUCCUCACCACCUACGGAACCAAAAUCGAUCUUCUUGCUCUGAUUCAGAAACACAGGUUGGCCGAUAUCGUGAUUGAGAAUCUUUCCAAGCACCAAAAGCGCCUGGGAAGUUCCCAGACCCAUGUAUCAGCCGAUCCCAUGGAAGACAUGGCGCUCAACGAGACUUUGAAGCUACUUUUCAACGUCUCGCAUUUUUGCCCCUCCGAAGUGGCGGCAUUUACAGGCGCCAUUCCACACAUCGUUGCACUACUUUGGAAGCAUGAUAUUCCCUCCAACAAACCGCUCGACCCGCCAUUCAAUACCCUUGUCAACGCUUUGCUGGAUCUCAAGUUAGAGGACAAAGAUGUCCAGGGGGCUCUUUAUCCGAAGAGUGAACCUGCAAAGGUAGCGGAUCGCUUUAUUGAGAUACUAGACGCGGCUCUGAAGGCAUAUCCCGAUAAUGAACUGGAGCAGCUGGUAACGCCGCUGAUAGGUGUCUUGCGGCGUGUGCACGAUGGCGCUCCUGACGCUGCCAAGACGUCUAUUAGGAAGAAGCUUCUUCCUACUGAGCAGGAUAGAAAGGAGGUUCUUGGCCGCGGUACUUCAUUGACAUCACGCUUAUUGCGCAACUCUACCAACCCCCUGACCCCCCACCUUCGGGAGGCCAUCUCCUAUCUUCUCUUCGACAUGUCAGACCAGGAUGCUUCAAAGUUUGUUGAGAACGUUGGUUACGGCUUUGCAUCAGGCUUCCUGUUCCAGAAAAACAUUCCCAUUCCUGCCAGUGCUGCUGAAGCGUUCAGCACGGGCGAGGAGCAGCGGCCUGUCAAUCCCAUUACGGGACAGUUCAUUGACAAGGAAAAACACGUUGAACUUCCGGAGAUGACAGAAGAAGAAAAAGAGAGAGAGGCAGAGAGACUAUACGUCCUGCUCAAGAAGACAGGCGUCGUUGAUAUACAGAACCCCGUGGAGCAGGCGGCGAGGUCAGGACAACUUCAUGAUUUUGGAGAUAAGCGAGUGGAGGAGCUCGACGAUUAA